UGUAUAUAUAUAUGUGCAUCGGCGUGUUUUCUUGUAGCAGAUUUUUCUGGUUCGUCUCUCUCUCGUUCUUAAGGCUAAAUAUGGCGGAAUCGACUGGCUUCAAGUCUAGGUUUGAAUCCAUCAGACACUGGAUCGUCGAGAAUAAGCUUCGAACAGUCGGCAGCCUGUGGGCAAGCGGUGUAAUCGGAUCAUUGGCUUACAACUGGAGUCAACCUGGCAAGGCUAGUGUCAAGAUCAUUCACGCUAGGCUGCAUGCACAAGCACUAACACUGGCUGCCUUGGCCGGAGCUGCUGUGGUCGAGUACUACGAUCACAAGGCUGAAGGGAAGACAAAAACAGAGCGAUAUGCAAAGUUUCUUCCAAUCGACGACAGGUACUCACACAAGGAAUGAAUUGGCUCCCAACAAACUCAAAUGAGCAUUUGAUGAAACAUAUCAAAUAUCUAUUUCUAAAAUUAGCUUCCAAAUUUUGUUUUUUUGUAUUUAUUACCAUGUUCAAUCAUUAUUUUUUCCUUUACAUUUA